UCCCAAUCGCCAAAAUUCCUUAACGUUCAGUGCAAAUAUUGUCAUUACUUGAAAAAGUUUUCAUUUUUAGUGGUGGGGUUUGAAUAGACGAUGUCAAUUGUAAUUGUGUAUUUGCGAGUUUGAAUGAUGCAUAUCUAGUUGAAAAUUUGCAUAUCUACUUAACACUUGUCUUUGCUGAAUAUAUGAAAGCCAAGGUGUAUACAAAGUUGAAUGCUUUUUCGAAGAAGAUCACUAAAUGGCUUUUCACUGCGGCUCUCUGGCCUUAUUGCUGAUAUGUGUUGCAGGCACGUUGCAGCCUAUAAAAUCAAGUGAAUACAUAGGCAAGCUCAUUCCGAGACACGACAAGUGGGCGCAGGCGAUCAAAGGGGAGUAUAUCCCCAUGCAAUUUUAUGAUGCGAUGCGAUCAGCAGAGAACUCCAAGCAAGCUUUCCAAAAUCAGAUUAGAAACUUCGGGGAACAUCUUCAGAGAAAUCUGACAAUGUCGAAUGUUCUUUCGCUCAGACAUGAAAAUCAACUGAAUACGGAGCACCAGAGAAGAAAAUUACACGAGUUGUCAGCGUUUUUCUACACAGCAGCCGAUGUAGCUGGAGUCUUCGCGCGUGAUUCCGAGAUUUCCUUCGAAGUUGCGAAGAACUCAAGUUAUACGCUAUUGCUGCAGCUUCGCCAAAUUCCAUCAACGCAACCGAUUCCAGUCAAAAUGCUGCUAACCAACUAUUUUGCAGAAAUGGAAUUCUUUCACAUCAUGUUUUCCGAGAUUAUAGACGAAGCAUUGGAAUACACGCAGAACAUUUUGCUCGCCACCCAAAAGACCUUCACAUACUACGCCGAUGUGCAGCGAUUUGUUUUGGAAAACUGGAACUUUAAGGGUGAUGCUUUCUGCUGCAAGGAGUAUAUGGAGUUUUUGAAACACUAUUCCGACCAAAUCUUCAAAUGUGCUGUCGGACGUGGCCUCGAUAUUGCCUUCGACGUGUUUGCCAUGACUGAGCUAACGAGCAAAUAUGUCAUGCGACAGCUCGAAUUUCGCAUUCAACGACUUUUUAACUGUCUUUAUCUAGGAAGCUAUGAAAUUCGAUGCAAAUUUCUUCAAAACGCCGAGAAAGACUUUGAAAUGUUAUUCACUAAAAUUGAGGAACUGGAAAUAUUCUAUGACAUCAAAAUAAAAAACGGACGAGUUUCAUCACUUAGACAACGACGCCAAGCCCACAUUGAAGAAGACGCGACAAAUAGCGUGAAAGCACACGACAAUUGCAUACCUGAAGACUUUCCUCGCAGCCAAAUGCAUAAAAGUUUGAAACUGUGUUUUUAUAAUAUAACAGAAUAUUAA